AUAAAAACAGAAGGCAGGCCAUGGAAACUGUCAAAGACACAGUGUUGACUUGCCAACUUUGAGUUGGGUGUCACAGUUGGAUAGAGGCAGACUGCUUGCUUUUGUGAGCGUGGACUUAGGGGAGAGUGGAAGGACCGAAAUAUCAACCGUUUGAAAUGGCAACAGCUCAUGUUUUUAAAGUUUUUCUCAUAUUGGGAGUGGUGUUGCCAUACGGUUCAUGGUGUCUUCCAACAGAGACAAGUGUGAACUGCCAGACCGGAUCAUCGGAGAUACCGCUGGGGAAUAUCGAUGAAGGCUACACAGGUCAGGUGGAAAUCCUGCAGGGGAUUCCCAGCGGUGUCAGCCUGACAUUGGAGGCUCAUAUUUUCCCCAUUGGAGUCACGUUUCUGCAGCUCGACUAUACCGCUGGGGACUCGUCCGCCAUUAUCAGCACAAGCAAGCCACUGGAUGCUGAUACUGUGGGGGCUGGUGGACAGUUAUACUAUGCUGUGAAAUGCUCUGGGUCUGAGCUAAAGAAUGUUCGCUCACUGUUUAUCAUAGACAAGAAUGAUAAUCCACCAAUCUUUCAGCAAUCAGAGUACAGUGCAACAAUCUCUGAGACACUGGGUGUGGGCUCCUCAGUGGUGAAAGUACUGGCAGUUGAUGCUGAUGCCACUGAUGCCAACAACAAAGUGACCUACUCCAUCCAGGCUCCAGAACCAAGUGUGUUUGAGAUAAGGGUCGAUGGACUGGUUCAGGUGAAGGAACGCCUGAACUACAACACAGGCAGUCGCUACACAUUCACAGUGGAAGCACGAGACCCUGCAGGCCUCUCGGACACUGCGACUGUGACAAUUGAGGUGACAGACUUUGACAACAUGAACCCUUAUUUUAAUCACAGCAUCUAUGAGGCCACCAUACCAGAAAAUCAGAGAGGGCCUCUGCCUUCAGUCCUACCAGCGGCUAUAAAGGCCCAAGAUGGCGAUACGGGCAUCAAUCAGAUGUUGACCUACAGCAUCACAGCAGUGGCCCCAAGCAAGUACCAGGAUUCCUUUACCAUUGAUGCGAAUAAUGGAAUCGUAAGUGUGUCAACCGCACUGGAUCGAGAAGAAAUAUCCUCUGUGAAUGUGCAGAUAAAGGCAGCACAGCAGGAUGACAGCUUUAAGACGGCCAACGCCAUGGUGGUGGUUAGCAUUGAGGACAUCAAUGACAACCCCCCGAAGUUUGACAAGGCCGACUACUCCGUGGCGGUUCUGGAACAUUCUCCAGGGGGCUCCUUCGUUCUCCAGGCCAAAGUCACAGAUGAAGACCUGGGAGGAUUCGUUGGAACAAUCCGGCUCAUUCCAGACACCGUGCCCUUUUCAGUGAGACAUGAUGGCACCAUAACGGUUAAGACGUCAGCUGGUCUGGAUAGGGAGACUGACCCCAGCUUCCAAUUUCAGGUCGAAGCCAGAGAAGAAGCUGCUCCCAAUAACAUAGUGACAGCUAGUGUCAACAUCAGCCUUCUGGACGUGAACGACAACAGUCCCCAGUUUGGGAGCGCCAAGUACGAGGGCAAAGUCUUCAUCAAUCAGACUCAAGGAAUGCUGGUUGUCAAGGUUGAGGCAUCAGACCCAGACGAGGGUGUGAACGGACAGGUGACUUACUCCAUUGACGGUGGCAACCAGGAUGGUUACUUCUCAAUCAGUGCAGACACCGGGGAGGUCACCCUGGCAAAAGUCAUCCCACUGGAGGAAAACAGAUUCCUGCGGUUCUCUCUAUACGUGACAGCCAAAGAUGGUGGCGACAUUUCCCGUGCAUCCUCAGUGGUUGUGGACAUCCUGGCUCCUGGGGACUCCAGGCCCCAGUUCCUCCAGCGCACCUAUCAGGCGAGAGUGGAAGAAGAUGCAGAUCCAAUGCAGAUCCUUAAAGUAGCAUUCCUGUCUGUUGCUCCUGUCUUCCCAGUGGUGCUUCAGGUGGAAACUGAGGCUGACAAGUUCUCCAUAGACAACAAUGGGGUGCUGUCCACCACGGCCAAACUGGACUACGAGACCAAGGCAAACUAUAGUGUCCAGCUGUCUCUGUCAGACGGCACCAAUCGUGACCAGGCGGUUGUGGAGGUCGAGGUACUAGACGUCAACGACAACAGCCCCAUGUUUGCGGUCAACCCCAUCAUCGUCAGAAUCUCUGAGGACGCCAAGGACGGGGAGAAUGUCACUAUGGUAACAGCCUCUGAUGCGGACGCGGGGUACAAUGGUGAGGUUCGCUACAGCCUGCAGGGCGAUGGGGGAAGGUUCAGCGUGAACCCCGUGUCAGGAGUGAUCACUGUGGCCACGCCCCUUGACAGGGAAGAGCAGGAUGAGAUCAACCUCGAGGUCAUCGCCAUGGACCAGGGUCGGCCUGCUCGCUCGGCAACUGCAACCGUGGUCGUCACGGUAACCGAUGUCAACGAUAACAAACCGGUCUUCUCCAUGACGCAGUACUACAUCACGGUCUCAGAGGUCGACGAGCCCGGCUUGCUACUGGCCAACCUGACGGCAACAGACAAGGACGAGGGGAUGAACGCUGACGUCUCGUACCACAUCGCCAAGCAGGACCCAGCCACGACACCCCCGGCGUUCAAGCUGGACGUCUCCACCGGAGGGCUCACGCUGGAAGAGAAGCUUGACUACGGUAUCGCCAAGCGUUUCAUCCUGACAGUGGAGGCAGUGGACGGAGGCACGCCGGCCCUGACGGGGAACACCAUGGUGACGGUGCAGGUGGAUGACGUGAAUAAUAACCCGCCGGAAUUUAGCCAGGAGCGCUACGACGUGGCCGUGCCCGAAAACCUGGCCGGAGGGGCGGUGCUGGUGUCGCUGGAGGUCACGGACAAGGAUAAGGAUGGCUUCUCUAAUGGACAUUUCAUCAUGACCAGUGAUACCUUCAACAUCAAUAAAAUGGGCGCCAUCUCCCUCAACAACAAUGCCAGUCUGGACCGAGAGAAGCAGGACAGCUACACUCUUCAGGUUGUGGCAGUGGAUCAGCCGACGGACGGCCUGAGUGCGACCGCUCAGGUAAACAUCACCGUCGCGGACAUCAACGACAACAACCCCGAAUUCCUCCCGCUCCCCUCGCCCAUCGCCAUCGUCGAGGGGAAGUACACGGCAGCAGCCCCGGGGGUGGUGUGCCAGAUCCGAGCCGAGGACAAGGACGCAGGGGAGAACGGGCGCGUCACCAUCUCCACGUCCUCCUACAACGAGACCUUCACUUUCAAGGAGGAUGGGACUCUUGUGGCUCUGGCUGAACUAGACAGAGAAACACAGGACUCGUACGACCUGGUCAUCAUCGCCACUGACCACGGCAAACCCCAGAGACAGACCGUCACCAACAUUAGAGUCACAAUCACUGACGUCAAUGACAACGCCCCGGUGUUCAGUACGGACACAUACAUCAAGAACAUCCUGUCCACGGAUAGCAAAGGGGGAGACCUGGUGUUGACUGUAAAAGCAACAGAUAAGGAUGUUGGCAACAACUCUGUCAUCACAUACAGUGUUGCAUCUGGUGCCUCAGAAUACCUGAGCCUCAAUAGCAAAACUGGUGACAUCGUGUUGACCUCUGACCUUUCCGAUGUAAAAGAAGACACACUGUUGAACCUUACAGCCAAAGCCGAGGACCAUGGGACACCUCCACUGUCCUCUACUGCCACCGUCCUCAUCUACAUCCGGACCGUGAGCCUGGAGGAGGGCCUGGCCUUUGCGAGCCCCACCUACAACUUCAGCUUGCAGGAGAACAAGCCCAAAGGCAGCGUGGUGGGCACUGUCCUCGCCUCCUCUGGCAGCUCCCUGAUUGAAGUCAGCUAUGCUCUGAAGACACACACGGACCUGUUCUCCGUGGACACCUCGGGUUCCAUCCUCACUCGGGUGGAACUGGACUUGGAGGCCCAGGAGUACUAUGUCAUCUCUGUGGAGGCCACCGAUACCAGGACUCCCCCCAGCACUGCCCUGACAGUUGCGACGGUUCAGGUGGAGAAUGUGAAUGAAAUGCCCGUGUUUGACAGUAACAGCUACACAGCAGAGAUCUUCAGCAUUGCCCCAUUCAAGCACCCCAUCGUCAAAGUCAAGGCCACAGACCCUGAUGUGGGGGAGAGUGAGAGGCUGCAGUACUCCCUGGUGGAACCCAGCUCCCUGUGUGCUGUGGAGCCCUCUAGUGGUCAGGUGUAUGUAGUGUCAGCUGCAGGUGAGAGUGGGAAGUUGACCCUGAAGGUGAAAGCAGAAGACCCGCACGGACUCUACGCCACAGCAACAGUGGAGGUGACUGUAAAGGAAAGCGAAGACGACAACGUCGUGGUCAUCUCUCUUAACCAGCCAAUCAACAUGGUGGAAAAGAGAUCAUCAGAGCUGGAGAAGUCGUUGGGAAGAGUCUUGGGCUGGGCAGUGAGUGUAAUCAGUGUUGCCAAUGGCAACGGCGAGACAAGCAGCCGCCGCUCACUCAGCAGUCGUGGGGCCAGGACAUAUGUUAGCUUUGUUGCCGUGGAUUCCAGUGGCAACAUCGUGUCUGCAGAGGAGGUCAAGAACAAGCUUAAGAAGGAAGAGGAGCAGGUGCAGGCUGAGCUGGAGGAGGUGUUUGGCUCUGGGCUGGAGCACGAGGUGGAGAAAGGCCCUGGGGAAAGUGGGUCAGACUCCAGUCAGACGGCCAUUAUUGCCCUGGGUGUCCUGCUGGCGCUAAGCAUUGUGGGGCUUGUAGUUUGUCUUACUGUCUCAGUUAUAAAAUUCAAGAGAAUGAAAAAAGAUAUGGGAGAUUCAGAAAAGCAGUCUUUCAACAUGUCUAUUUCAUCAUGUUCAAAUAGAGAUGAGCCUGCAGACAUAACAGAGGAGAAGAAAGCCCCUCCGAGUAGGAAAGGAUCACAGGACUCCAAACAAGAGCAUGAGACAAAAGAAGGGGAGUGGGAUAGAGUUUAGACUUCCCCUGUCUCUUUCCCUCUCUCUGUCUCUCUUUCUCUC